AGUAGAUAUUUUGGAUCCUCCAUUCAUAUUUCAAAGACCAGAAGGCCAAUACAACCCAUCCAAGCAGUAACAACAAUGGUUGCCAUCAACUGCCACUACCUCUCUGUAACGUGCACAUCCACACCCAUCAAUCAGGACUCCAACUCCCUUCAAUCCACAACUCUACCCACCAAGAUCAUCUUGCCCAGCAAAAAGCCCCAAAAAUGGUCCACAGGCGUUGCUCCCGGAGAUUAUGGCGGACCACCCACCACCACCAAGCUCCGAAAGUACUGGGGUGGUGAAAAAGAAGACCCUAUCACUUCCAGUGACUUAAUUUGGAAUAGAGAUUUCAUGCCUCACAUGAAACGCUUGAUUGGGGAUUCUGAUGAUUCUUCCUCUGACCCUCGUUUAUCUACUGUUAAGGAAGAGCCAUCUGGAUUUCUGAGCUUAAACCGAGUCAUGAGCCUUGACAGUAUGGAAGUUGACUUGAGCAAGGAGCUAACAACGACUUCAAAUCCAAUCAUAGAGAAGCAAGUUGAGGCUGUUCAAGCUACCGAAACCUUACCCAAAAAGUGGAGACCAGCACCCACACGACGUGAACAAGACAAGUGGGAUAGAGCUACUAAAGCUGCAACUGGAGGCAGUGACGUAAUGUUCAGGGAAUUGAGACGUCCUAAAGGGGACCCAAAAGUGCUGGCUGCUAAGUCAAGGGAACAGUAUUUUAAGUUGAAGAACAAGUUGCAGAUUCUGACAAUUGGAAUAGGUGGUGUUGGGUUGGUGUCAGCUUAUUUUACAUAUACUCCAGAGAUUACAGUAAGUUAUGGGGCUGGAUUGGUUGGUUCUCUGGUAUAUAUGCGCAUGCUUGGGAACAGUAUCGAUGGAAUGGCAGAUGGAGCUCGAGGGGUUAUCAAGGCAGCAAUUGGGCAGCCGCGGUUAUUGGUCCCUGUUGCCUUAGUCAUGAUCUUCAACCGGUGGAACGGGAUCGUGGCUCCUGAAUAUGGAUUGAUGAACCUACAGCUGAUUCCGAUGCUAGUUGGAUUUUUCACAUACAAGAUUGCCACCUUCACUCAAGCGAUUGAAGAGGCGAUUACUAUAGUCGGUAAUAAUGAUGCUCAAGUUGAGUAAAACGACACAAGCGAGUAUUUUCUUGGUAAUAUUGGUCGGAGCUAACAGGGGCUCGUGUGCACCUUUACUGACGGUUGGAGCCAUGGUCCCUGGUUCUUGGCUAACCCAACCAAACACAGUUGAGUUGAACAAAUUGUUGGCUAUAACAUAAUGGGCCCAGUGUAAAGGUGAGGGUGUGUAGUUGAAUGUAUAUACAUUGAUAUACCAAAAUGUAUAUGGGUGCUCAAUUGAUUAUAGGUACAACUAUUUAUGCAUGUGUUACAAAUGCAUGAUGCAAGAUUGAACUUA